AUGAAGGGCAAUACAUUUACAGCGACUCUUUUGGGAUCUGCAGGCAUAGCUUCGGCAGCCGAAUACCCUUCGAUGGUAAUGGACACAUUCUGCAUUACGUACCUGUCUACCUAUCUCGCCCCGAUUUCUGCAGUGCCUGAAUUAUCGCCAUCAAGACACUUGACGUUUUUCGGAAACGGUUCAACCGCAACAGCAAUAGCCUCUAACACGAAUGAUCAGGGCAUAAUUUCCUCGGAACCUGGAACAACGUUCGGCUUCACUACUUUGGAUAUAGCACCCACCGACACACAAACUGAUUCUGAGGCACCAUCGUCCGGUGCAACCCCCGGAUCCUUGACCGAGCCAAUCGACUCCACUUCACUACCUACAACUGACAUAACCUCCUCCGCCCUUGCUACCUCUACCGGUAUCGUCGAACCACCUGUUCGAUCUGUCAUCUUCCUCGUCCAGGCACCCAGCAAUCAGAAGCGCGAUAUUGAGAAACGAGACUUGGGCGGAUUUGUUGGCGCUGAUAACCCGGACGUUUGCACCUUUGCUUUGACCUUCAGCUUGGGCGGAGGUCAGCUCUUUAUUGAUGGCUUACCAACAUUCUACGCUGGUGAGGAUUACAAGACACUGGGCAUCCAAGACGAAGACUCCUUUGUCCAGGGCGCUAUCACUAAAACCUUUGGAACUUCUGGCCAAACGCUUUUCUUUAGAAAUCCAGGCCUACCAAAUGGCGAGGCAGGUUUCUGUCAGGACACUAGCGGUCAAGUCUACAUGACCUUUACUGCUAGUCCUCCUGGAUGUAUCCCAGUUACGCUGAGAGUCUACGACGUUAUUCAAUGCCAAAAUGGUCGGCUUUUGGGUUUCGACACUUCGACCUCUGCUUUGGCAAUCCCAACCGAGACAAGCGCAGCUGAGACAGCUGAGACAAGCAUACCAGAGAUAAGCACAAGCACCCCUGAGACUCCUAGUUCCGGAAUUUCCAGUACCCAAGAGACUACAACGGCAGAAGCGACUGUAACUACAGAGUUUAAUCCUCCUAGCUCUGCUGAGCCAAGUAGUUCCCCUCCCAAAACAUCUAGUUCCGAAGCGUUUACCGCCGCUUCCCCCCAGAAUGUCGAUACCUCAGCUUUUGCCUCUUCGCCAUUAUUCGGCUCUGUAUCAUCCACCAUUUCUUACCAGACUGACGAGACAUCUACUCCAGCCUCUUCUUCCGUGACUAAUACUGGGGCAAUCUCUACCGUUUCUUCCCAAGCUAUUAGUUCAUCUACUUCAACCUUUGGUUUUGGAGCUUCCACAAUCGGCUCUGAGACUGUGGAUACAUCUACCUCGCAGACGGAGACGCAGACAGAAACAAAAACGCAGACAUUCGGUGUCGUAUCAUCAACUAUUAUUUCUUCUGAGUUUAUUAAGUCCUCAACCACCAUCGAGUCAUCCAUUCUCUCCAGCGACUCAAGUACUGAGGUAUCGUCGUCCACUGAACAGGAUGAAUCAAGUCUGCUCGCAACCACUUCAAAUAAGCCAACCGAUACGACCUCUGCGACUUUUGGCUCGACAUCGGAGACCCCGUCACAAGAGACCUCGUCACAAGAGACCUCGUCACAGGAGACCUUAUCAGAGCCCGCUAGUUCAGCCAGCUCAGAUACGUCCACAAGUGCUGAAGAGACAACUACAGACUCAUCGACAACAAGCUUAGAGUCUUCAACAGAAAUCAUAACUACCACUGCAGAGGGCAGCACUACUACUACAGAACUUGUGACGACUACAACUACGGCAGCACCGCAGAGUGAGUGCGAAGCCGCAAGCAGUCCGUACACUGAACAGGGUGUCAACUUUGAUCUCUCCUGUAACACCGUUAUCACCGGCGGUAGUUCAGUGGGAACAGCUCCGGCAUCUAGUUUCAACCAGUGCAUAUAUUUCUGCGCUGUUUAUUCUUCCUGCGUUGCUGUCCAAUACGAAAGGGCUACAGGGUCCUGUACCGGAUUUAGUUCCAUGACCGGAACUUCAGCAAACAAUGAUUAUGACGCGGCUAUACGUGCCUGA